AUUAAAUAAUCAAAUAUGUGGGAAUUUUUUUGUUUAACUGUUUUAAUAUGUGAUUGGAUGAAUCUAUUUAUUGCUUUAUUAAUAUGAAAUCUGAUUGAUUAAAUUUGAAGAUACGAUAUUUUAUUUAUAAUCUCUUGUAUAUGGUUUUAACAUGUAUUAUUUUUGUAUGAUGGAAUAUCAUAUGAACAAGGAUCUGAGAGCUCAUUUGGGAAAAGUUACGACAUAUUGUAACUUUUUCAGCUAUGCGACAGUGAUUGAGGGGUUGGGCGAGGAGCACAUCGACAUACUCCAUCGAUCGUUUUUAUGGUCUUUCUAUCCGUUGAUAGACAAGUAGUUCUCUAGGCAGAUUUUUGAUUUCUUAUUACUCCAACUGCUUAAAUUAGUCGAUGGCGAUCAGCUUUAUUUUGCUAUGGGGGACGGGAAGGUAUCAAGAUUCUCGAUCCUUGAAUUUGCUCUCAUUACAGGCUUGAGAUGUGUUGGAGAAGAAGAAGCGAGAGCUCGUAUUAUACUAAAUAAAAGGUUAUUGGAUUUAUAUUUUGGAAGUAAAGGGUCGGUUACACCAUCACAGUUAGAGAACGCAUUUAGGAGAUGCGAUCACAUGGUAGACAAGCUGAAGUUAGGAUUGGUGUAUAUAUUGGAGAGUAUAUUGAGGUGUUGACAUCGUAGGACGUCGAUUGACCUUUUUUCAUUGGAUGUUGUUGAUGAUAUCGAUACUUUCAACAGCUUUUCAUGGGGUUGGAGAUGUUGCACCGAUACUCUUCACGUAUUCAGGAAGGUACAUACUGUGCCGAAAUCGGAGAGGGGCGAGUGAAAUAUGAUGUAUAUAGCUUUUGCAUGGCUUUGCAGUUGUGGGCAUAUGAGGCUUUCUCUGCAUUGAGUAGCAAAAGGGCGAUCAGAAGGGAGGCCAGCUGCCCACGAAUGCUUCAUUGGCGAGCACAUGAGAAGCCAUUGGCUAAAGAUUUGACAGCUAUCCUCGACGAUUCUCAGCUCGAAGUUCAUGCUGAGUUGGUUGUUUCGAUAGAAGAGGAGGAUCAAAUAUAUGUACGUGAAUUACAUGUUUCACCUACUGAAAACGAUCCAGUGUUUGAAUCCGUUCCGAAUAGAAAUAGGAGAUAGCUAUACCAUCGACUGUAUGACCGUGCCCAAUGCUAAAAAGUGGUUCGAAAAUGUACUGACGACCUCAGCUUGGCUCGUCAAUAAUCAUAUCGACUUGGUUAUGGAAUUGUUAUGUGAUCGGGCUCGAAGAUACCCGAGAUCUUAUAACAGUCUUAGUCAAGUUAUCACGAUCUCCUAAGCAAGGGAAAUGAAUUUGUUCUGUCUAAGUACAUGCUGGAGUGGGUGAUUGGGCUACAGCUGAGGUGGGAAAAGUCGUGGAUGGAUUGUACACAUAUGUACAUUCCAGUGAUCGCGAACUCAUACUGUUUUUCAGUGGAGAUCAUAUUUGCUAUGAUGGCUAGUCAUGCGAUGAUUCGAGUAAAUGACGAUGGCAAGACAAGAAAGAUCGGGCAACUAUGGCUUAUUUGCAAUAAAGUACAUAGAGUUUUUGAGCAUUGUUCGUAAUGUUGAUACAAUAAAUCAGUCUUGGAUUGAUAUGUGGAGGCAUAAAUUAGCUUGCCUUGUAUGAAUAUAACUGUGAUCCUUAGUGCAUUGUAUAUUAUUUUAUUAAAAUGUGAAUGUUGUUUACUUCA